GCAGAAUAAAAUGACACCAUGACAGAUUUGCCUCUUUCGUUACUGAGUCGGGGCUGCGGUCGAUUGGUGGCACCCAGCGGAGGCUCCGGGGGUCGCGAUGGACGGCUGGACGUCUGCUUAACCCCCCAGGAUUAUGACCUGUGGAAGUCCAAGGAGGCGCUGCUUCUGCCCAGCAGGGGGCGCCUGUUGGCGAAGCCCACCGUCCCAAAGACGUUCAGCACGCGCAGAGGGGCCCUGCUGCUCUACUCCCAGGAACUGGUUAGUGUGGAAACCAGUCACAGGCCAGACGUAGGAGUCAGAAAGAAGAAAGUCAUUCAGCGAGACACUCAACAAAUGAAGCAGCGGCUCAGCAGCCUGAAGGAGCUGACGGCAGCUAUUCUGAGCUAUAGGAACAAUCAGUCCAGCUCUUCUAGACUCGCUCCACCUCCCAACCUCCCUCCACCGCUCCACUGCACCAGACCUGCAUCCCCUCGGGCCACGGCGCCGGCCGGUCUGGACCUGCUGCUUCAGUUGAACCCACAGUGGCUUCCUGCAAAGAACAGCACCGCAGUAAAGACCCACGAAAAAGAUACUGAUGAGCAGCAGGACAGCGAGCGUGUGCGAGUGGACGUCUUCCUCCAGAUGCCUCGUACCUCCAGGACUCCGACCCCACAGCAGUGGCUGCACUACGUGGCCACGAGUCCUGACAAAGCAGAGCAGCAGCAGUCUGACACAGACGACAUCCUGCAGGACCCUGAAAGAAGCCUCCACGUUAUGGACACGGAGACCUGCCAUGGAGACGCAGAUGAUGGAGGUGCCGCCAUUCAAGACGGCAGAAAUCCUGAUGAUGAAGAUGGGACGUCAACAGGAAAACAGAAGCAGCAGAUUCAUGGGAAGCCUGAAACAAAUACUCCAUUAGGCUUGUCCCUUCGUCAGAGAGUGAAGCGUUCGCUCUUUAAUAGACUCUGGGAGGAGACAGACGAGCCCAGAAGUGAGGCCUCCAGCUGUGAUGGACACCACCCACAGCGGUUGCCUCCCAUAGCAGAAGGUCGUGCACUGACCCCAGACCAGAGGAGCCAUGUCUCAGCCCAGCCGGGCGCCCAGGGAGACGCCGCCCAGGUUCAGCCCCAGGAGAAUAUGAGCAGACUGAACAAACAGCCUCUAGUUCUUCCUCUGCUGUUUCCUGCCACAGACGACACAAAGCAGAGGAGAGGAAGAGACAAAACCAAGAAACAACCUUUCAAAAGGGAUGUUGUGGAGACGGGAGGAGGAGGAGGAGGAGGAAGGCUGCCCUCUGACAAAGCAUGUGUGAUUCAUCUGGAGCCGGAGGAAGAGCCUUCACCCCCUGUGGGCGUGUUGGGCUGUGUUGCUGGAUGGAGAGGGCCUGGCAGGCAAAGCUCCUUCGCCUUCCUCCAGAACCGAACGCCUGACCCGCACGAGCCCGGCGACUCGGCUUUGGUGCGGGGAGUUCUGCCACUGGAGCUGAGAGAUUUCCAGAACGGCCGAUCAGCUGGCUGCCUGAUCCUGGGUCCUGAUGGAGAAAUCAUUCAGCUGUCGCUCGACACCAGUCGGGGCUCGUUGCAGGAGGACGGCGACUUGAAGCAGCGAGCCCUUCAGGUGCUGUCCACAGAGGGAGAGGAGCUGCCCUGGGUCAUCGUGCUCCAGCCUGAGGCUGUGGAUACGGAAGGGGAGGUGGAGCCGAGCACGUGUGGACCCCAGAGUGAUGCCCCUCAGUCCAUGCACAGGGAUUUUGUCCAAGGUGUUUUUCAGGAAACAGAACGUCAUUCAGCCCUUUUUAACCAGUUUGUAACCGGAGAUCUGAGCCUCAGCACCAAACAACAGAUUGAAAACUCAUUUAAAGGGAAUGAUGUAUCUGUCAGGAAUUCUUCAGUGUUUAAUUCCAACCAGUUUUCAGGUCUUCCCAUAUCGACAGAGACCAAAGCAUGUUCACCCAGAGGCCACGCAAACACAGUAAUAAUGACAAAAAAUAAAACACAGAGCGCAGAGGAACCGCUGAAGAUGUGGAAGGAAGCUAAAACCAGGGUUAAGGUGCCUCCACUGAGGGAGCAGGGAGGGAAGGAGCAGCUCAGAGGAGGCAGCAGUGAUGAAGACGAGGAAGACGACGAAGAACUGUCCACUACAGAAAAAACGCUGCAGAACAUCAGCCCAGGAGAAACAGCAGCCAAGGAUGAGGACAGAUGGAGGAAGAAGAGGGUCACUGAGGAAGAUGCUGUGACUGCAGGGAAAAAUGAGACGUCCACAGAAUUAAAUGAGCUGGAAAAGAGAACGAUGAAAAAAGAAAAACAUCAAAAGCCGAGAAGUGGUGACGUUCAGUCCGUCAGAGGCCUCAGACGUGAGAGCGUCAGCAGGGAAGAAGCAGAGACUCAGGACCAGUCUGUUCCCUCACCUAAGAAAAAGAAGAAGAAGAUUAAAAAUAGAGGAGACACGAAAUUGAAGGAGUUGAGUGAAGACCAAGAAUCAGUGAGACGGAAAGCGUCUGCAGGGGGGAGGAGGGGGAGGAGAGGACGACCAGCACACAAAGAGUUAACCGUUGAAAACCCACCAGAGGAUGAGGACGUAGGGAUCCACCAGGAAAAGCAAGCAGACCCUCGCAGACCCUCUGCAACACACACAACAGAGGACACGGAGGACGGCUCGGACCCAGACACUGACGACCUAGGAACCAGCGACAAACGCAGCUGCAUCCAGUCGCUGAGGUCCUCCCUCGCCUCCUCCCAGCGCAACCCCAGCAGCUCAGUGAGGCCCCCCCCCUCCUUCUACGAGAGGACAGUGCCGGCGAGUUCCUCCCGCGGCCGCCUGUCGUCAUGCUCAACUGUCAUGAUAACUGAGGACCAGCUCAUGCUGAACCCAGUGAAGCCAGAGUUCCCACGGCCCACAAAGAGUCGGGAGGCAGAGGAGGCUGCAGCUCAACGCGUGGCUCAGCGAGCAGAGCGGCGGCGGCAGGAGGUGGAGAGGAAGAGGAGGCAGCAGGAGGAGGAAGAGAGGAAGCAGCAGCAGAAGGAGCAGACAGAGGAGAGGAUGAAGAAUGAACUCGAGGGGGAGAGGAGGAAGCGAGCGGAGGAACUAAGGCUGAAGAAGCUAACAGAAGAGGAGGAGAGGAGGAGACGGGAGGAGGAGGAGCAGGAGAAAGCCAGACGAGAGCAGGCGCAAAGGGAGAGAGAGAGGAGGAGGCAGGAGGACAUGAGGAGGCAGAUCGAGCGACUCCGCAGGAUGAGAGAGCAGGAAGAACAGAGGAGGAAAGCUGAACAGGAGCGCCUGCGUGUGGAGGAGGAGAAGAAGGAGCAGGAGGAGGAGAACCACAAGCUGCAGCAGAUGGAUGAGCGUGAGAGGACGGAGUAUCUGGGCAGGAAGGAGCGGGAGAAAGAGGAGCGACAGAAGGAGGAGGGGGAGCGCCGGAGGAGAGAGCAGGAGGCCGCCUGCUCGGCUGCAGAGGAGGCCAGGCUGCAGGCGGAGCUGCUCGCCGGACAGAUGGCGCUGUUGCAGCAGCAACGGGAUCUUAUGUUGGAAGCUGAAGGUCUGGAAAAAACACGAGGCAUCUCCAGACCGUGGAUCUAUUCGUAUUUCACUUUGUUACAGCUACUGGGUCCGAAUUCUGUCAGAGCUGUUACCAAAACGCCCUGAGCUCCACCUGGACUCCACGUGUGACCUUAAUGAACGUAGGGGGAAGUUCAGCUUGGAACUGACUCCCUGAACUGAAGGGGAUCAGUGACCUGGAACACACAACAGUAGAGGCAUUUCAUCUGCAUCUUUAUUUGCAUAAAGAGACACAAUCAGGUUCCAGUUACAAACAUGAGUCUGCAAAUAAAACAGAGAAGCUGCAGUAGACACCAAUAAUAAUAAUAAUAAUAAUAAUAAUAAUAAUAAUAAUAAUAAUAACGGUAGCUUCAUGAGUAAAGUUCAGAAAAACCCCAUCAUCAAUCUAAACUACAGGUCAGUGACGACACCUGAACAUGCAGUUGGUUAGUAUAAUUAUUUAAAUUAGUAAUUCUCUACAUCAUACAGGCUGAAAAACACAUUAAUGCUUAGAUAAUUACAGUAGAACUAAAAAAUACAACUGCCAAGUGAUGAAUAAAAGGAGUAAGAACUGACAGAAUCAAACUGUAUGAAUAAAUGUUAAUAAAUUGAAAAUAAACAAUGUUCAUGAUCAGA